GACACGGAGACCGAGCAGAGGAUCCAAGAGGCGCUGCGGACACUCUGCGAAGGCCGCACAACGUUCAUCGUAGCGUACGUUUACGUUUGCGCACAGUCAGUGGCUUAACUAAUUAAUCAUGGGCUCAGGCAUCGCCUGUCAACUAUAAUGAACGCCGACCGCAUCAUCGUCGUCACCGGUGGGGAGAUUGUGGAGCAGGGCAGCCACGAGGAGCUGAUCCGGGCAGAUGGAAAAUAUGCAGAACUGUGGUCGAAGCAGAUCUUUGUCAAACCAAGGGACAAGGAGCUGUGCGAGGACGGCAAGCCCGCCACUAGGGGCCGAAAGACUCCCAAUAUUGUCAACGAUCUCAGCGCCGAGGCUACAAGCUCGGAGCUUGCCAAAGUCAAAUCAAACCCAACAACAAGCGGAAAGCCUAACGGACAGGUUAAUGGGCACGCUGAUGGUUCGGGGAGCACUGCCAAAGGCACGACAGCAGACAAUCCCACGACGCCGGGGCCGAAAAAAGAGGUAUGAGCGAUAGAAACGCACCUUGUCAAUGUAUUAUUAUACGCACAAAAGAAGCUAUAGAGAUAUUUGAUAUUGUGUGAUAUGACGCGGCAUUCCCCAACAUUAGAUAUGCUUGUCACGACCUGUAUCUUCUCUAACCAGUUUAGACUUCCACACGAGCCCAACAGCUAAAUCCCGGCGCACCGGCCUUUACGCCGCGAUCAUUGGCUGCUGCAGCCGCCG